AUGGAUACCCAAACCUCUAACUCCAGUGUCGAUACCGUCACCGACAUGAACGACAACACACCCAACUUGGGGCGCGUUGUGAACAACCGACGGGACAAGAACACCGAGCCCUACGAAUUAAUCGGCUUCGGCCAGUGCGGCUGGGUAUACCACCGCAGAGGCAGGAACCACGUCGUCAAACUCGCCCGGCAAGGUUACCAAAACGCCCUCCAGACCGACCACACAGCUCAUCUCAAAGUCCACGCCGCAUUCGACACCCACAACCCCCCCGUCAACGUCCCCGAACCGAUCCGCCUCUCCCCUCCGACGUCUCGCUGGUGGAAGAGACACAGCUCUAUCCUCCUCGAAGCCCCGUACGACAUCUCCCAGAAAACCCCAUGGGCCCUCCUGUCCCAGCGCAUUCCCCCCUUGCCAAAGUGCCACCGGGACAUCCUCAUCGACACCUUCUGUCCCGCGCACAAGCGACGGGACGCAGCAGCGGAUUCUAAGAAUGAGACCGCGCUGGCGAGGGUCUACCUCGGACGCCGCCGUGUGCCGGGGGCGCCGCUCCCGCCCAACUUCUCCCUGAGGAACUACAACCUCACGCUGGACCAACUGCUCCAGCUCAACGCGCCUGUGGCGGAUUACGCGCGCCAAAUGGGCGAUGCGCUGUGCGUCAUGCACUGGAACGCCUGGGUAGACGGCUACGGCAUCAAAUUCGUUCUCGGAGGGCAACCAAAACCUCCGAAAAUGGCGUCCUCUGCCACCGCUGGGAAGAAAGCAGCCGCAUCCAAAGACACUGACAGCGCGCCGCAACAAACACAGCCGGCGUACGACGCGAACCUGGCACAGCUGUGGGUUCUCGACUUCGAUCUCUGUAGUACGUGGGAUCGCGAACGCAUGUGCAGGUUUCCGCGCGAGCUAGUCGAGCAGCUCGUCCGGACCUUCUUCGAGAACGACCCGUAUUACCCGCGGCCCUACACGGAAAAUGAAGAAGAGGAAGAGUUGUGGGAGGAGUUCAGUGAGGCGUAUUUAGAACGGGCUCGUAGUAUGAAGCUCGUGCACGGGUUAGCUCGAGGCUUCAUUCGAACAAUUGAGAGGAUGCAAAAGGAAGAUCUGGAGAAGAGGUUGGGACAUGGGAUAUAUGAAUAUCCGCAAUGA